CUUCACAGCAAUAGCAUGCUCGCGCUUUCGGUCGCGGUGUGCUCGUUCGUGGCGCCGGCGGGCACCGCCUCGCGCGGCUCCGUCGCCGCCGCCACCGCCGCUGCGCCCGUCGCUCCGCAUGUGCGGAUGAUGAACCUCUUCGGCCGCACUGAGGAGAGCAAGAAGCAGCGUGAGUUCCUCUCCCUGCGCGACGCUCCAUCGGGGUCCACGCGCGUGCAGUUCCGCAAGCCCAACCAGGCCACGACGGGGCUGACGCUCGGGCUCAAGUUCCGCGAGUCCUUUGGCAAGGCGGUCUACAUCGACCAGAUCCUGCCAAACACCGAGGCGUCCCGCCUGGAGAAGUCUGGCAAGAUCCAAAAGGGCGACGAGGCGCGCGCUCUCGCUCUCAGCGUCCUGCCGUGCCCUCUCCCCCCGCCCGCUGGCGCGCUGCAGGGCUGCUCUGAGCGCCCGCUCUGUCCGCGGCCGCAGAUUGUCAUGGUCUCGGCGACGUUUGGCGGUGAGAUGUGGUCGGCGAAGGGGAUCGGUAAGAUGCGUCUCGAGAAGAGCAUCGCGGUGCGGCAGGGUAUGACGAUUGACUUUGUGGUGGAGCGGUCCGGCGAAAAGGACAAGAAGGCGAAGCAAAAGGCGUCGGAGGCGGCCAAGAAGGAGGCGGAUAAGAUGUCGCGGCUGCAGGCACAGCUCACCAGGGAGGUGUACCGCGGUCUUCAGAUCGGCGCCAACAAGCCGUCGGCGGUGGAGCGGGCGCGCACGGCGCACCACCUCAUCGACGUCGCCGAGCUGAGCGACGACUACACCGCCGGCACCUUCUACGCCGACGCACUCACCGCUGUCGACGAGGUCCUCUCGCGCGGCAAGACGCCCGUCCUCGUCGGAGGGACGAGCAUGUACCUCCGGUGGCUCGUGCACGGCCGCCCGACAGCGCCUCGAUCCGACCCAGCGGUCGCCGCGGCGGCGCGCGACGCGCUGCAGCCAUACCAGGAGGCGGCAGACUGGGAAGGCGGGCUUGCGCUGCUGCGCGCGCUCGACGGCCCUCGCGCCGCUCAGCUGUCGGCAAACGACUGGUACCGCCUGCACCGCGCGCUCGUGGUGGCGAUGCAGACGCGCUCGCAGGCGGCAGCGCUGCCCCCGCCUCCCGACGACUCUGGGCUCGACGCGCUGUGA